CUUUGAAGUAAAUGUAUGUACCUGCAGCUUCCAAGCUCGCCCGGGACUUCGGAUUUACAGUGUAUACAAAACGCCACAUAUGCGGACACCGCCACAUCAGAUAAGAUCCGUCGAUAAAGCGGAAAUGAGCACGCGCAUUAAACCUUCCAUUGAUGUCGUCACUCAUUUCAUCCGACUGCGGAUGUCGGUGAUACAGCACCUAGAUUCCCUUUUCACCUACUUGCAAUCCUAUUCUAUGCUAAGAUCUGCUCAAAGAACCCAAUUCCAGGUCCAAAACCCCUCUCUGAUUCGGGAUGAGGCAUGCCACUCCGUCACGCCGUAUCCCCCUUGACCCCCUCCGUCUCCGCAGCCCGUCCGCGCCGAUGUCUCUUAUACGGCAUCGCUCCCUUUCUUCUGUCGCCGGCGACAAGUCCCUCAAAUGGAUUCCACAGCUCCACGCACCUUCGCGAUAAGCAAAUCGACAGCUCAAAGAACCAUUACGAGACACUGAAACUACAACCAGGCGCCACUCCCGCCGAGAUCAAGAAAUCCUUCUACUCCCUCUCCAAAACCCACCACCCCGACCACAACCCCAGCAACCCGCACGCCUCACGGCGGUUCAUGCGAAUAAGCGAAGCCUACAGCAUCCUCUCGAUCCCGGCCAAGCGCGCGACCUACGACCGAGACACACUGCAACUGCACAAGCGCGCACAACACCAACACCAACAACAACAACAACGCCACCCCUCGUACAGCAGCACAAACCCCGCCGGCGGCCGUCCCGCCUCGGGCCUAAGCCGACGCCGCUCCGCCUUCCAGGGCCCACCGCCGAGUUUUUUCCGCAGCGGGGGCUGGGGUGCUCACGGUGCGAAGAGGAAGGCUGCGCAGGACGAGAGCGCGGGGUCCCCCUCUUCUACCUCUACCUCGUCCUCGCAAUCAUCAUCCCCGAAAACCGGGACCGGACACGAAAGCACGGGCACGGGCGCGGGGGGCAUGGGACCGGGCCAAACGCCGUUCGGGCGGGGCUACGAGGGGGAAGUCCCGCACUUCGACCGGGUCUCGCACGAGCACAGCUCCGCGCGGUGGAGCGACAAGCGACGCACGCAGCAACAGCGACGGACGUAUUUCAACGAGCACGAGAUCGAUCUGAAUGCACGCCCGCGGUCCGAGGAGCGGGGGGAGGGGGCCAUGUUUAUUGUAGUGGGGGGGAUACUGGCGAUGAGCAUUAUGAUACCGCUUGCGCUUAGUAGGAUCUGGGAUAGUGGUGGAGGGGAUAAGGAUAAGAAGGGGAAGAAGGGGAAGUGGAGCGCUCCUGCAUGAGAUAGGACCUAGAGGAGGGCCGGUUCACGGUUACGGUAUGCAUGUGUUGGAGUCAGAUAUACAUAGGUACUAGCGGUCAGUUGUCACGAUUGUGAAAAAAAGUAAGGGGGAAAAGGCAAGAGUCGUAUGCAUUCAGAACCACCCGAGCAUUAUUUCCAUUUUAAUCGGCAUAAAACGUCCGAGGUCUAAUCUACAUUCAAGAGAUACCCACCUGAAUGCGAAUCCUGCCUGUCUUGUGUUUAUAGGGUACAUAUGGAUAAUGAAAGGGUAUUGGGCAUCCGCGUCCCGGGAAUUCGUCUAGCGCAAUCAAUCCACCGAUUUAUGGAAGCCUCUAGCUUUCGAAAGUGAAGCUAGCACCGACCUAUUUUUCUGUUAGAAUACGACCCUACUAUUAGGAUAAUUCACGAUGCAAUACUAACCUUGUGGGUGGCCUGGUCAAGCUUCUGGGUGUCGAAAGAGGCACCGAGACCCAGGGUAACGCCAGGGCGGAGAAGGACGUUGUAGGAAACGGCAGCGACACCACGGUCAUUGAUCUUGGCCUAUUUUACGUUUUGUUAGUGUCUUCAUAAGUUGUUCAAUCCAAUUGCGCCAGAGGGGACAAACC